AUGGCUCAAGGCCACAGCAUACCUCUCAUAGACAUAGCCAAAUUAUUUGCUUCUCAUGGUGUAAAAUCCACCUUAAUAACCACUCCUCUCAAUGCACCACUUUUGUCAAAAGCAAUCCAAAGCAGCAAAAAUUUGGGGUUUGAGAUUGAAAUUCUUGUCAUCCAAUUUCCAGCUAUUGAAGUUGGGUUGCCUCAAGGAUUUGAGAUUACUAGCAUGGCUACAACCCAUGAGAUGAAAGAAAAGUUCUUCAAAGCUACCUUCCUGCUUGAGCCACAGAUUGAGCAGAUUUUAGACCAACACCGACCUCACUGCCUCGUUGCUGAUUCAUUCUUUCCUUGGGCUACAGACGUUGCUGCCAAGUUUGGAAUUCCAAGGCUCAUAUUUCAUGGACCUGGUUUUUUCCCUUUGUGUGCUGCAACCAUUGUCAUAUUGAAGGAGCCUCAAAAGAAGGUAUCAUCUGAUUCAGAAGUUUUUACUAUUCCUAAUCUCCCGGUUGAAAUCAAGAUGACACGAAACCAAGUACCGACUAUGUUGGAGAAAAAUGCUGAUACAAUUUUGUCCAAGUUGUUCAAAGAAUCCAGAGAGUGUGAGGAAAGGAGCUAUGGUAUUAUUGUUAAUACUUUCUAUGAACUUGAGCCAGCUUUUGCAGAUCAUUACAGGAAGGUGUUUGGGAGGAAGGCAUGGCAUAUAGGCCCGGUUUCCUUAUGCAACAAGGCAGUAGGGAAUAAAACAGAGAUAAGGGGAAUGGAAGCCUCCCUUGAUGAACAUGAGUGCUUGAAUUGGCUCAAUACUAAGAAAAUCAAUUCAGUUGUUUACAUAUGUUUUGGAAGCCUGACCAAUUUCAGUGAUCCUCAGCUCCUUGAAAUUGCUUUGGGGCUUGAGGCUUAUGGGCAGGAAUUCAUUUGGGUUGUGAAGAAAGAAAAGAAAGAAAAGGAAGAGUGGUUGCCUGAAGGGUUUGAACAGAGAAUGGAAGGCAAGGGAGUAAUUAUAAGAGGUUGGGCUCCACAGGUGCUGAUUCUGGAGCAUCAAGCAAUUGGAGGCUUUGUAACUCACUGUGGGGUGGAACUCUAUCCUUGA